AUGCAUCGCACUGCCCUUCGCUCGUACAAUACGACUCGCCUGCACCUCUCGUCUACCGUUCGACGCACGCUGAGCCGCGCCUCGAGACACCGCCAGCUCCCGAUUGUCCACGCUCAGCAUCGCGCGAUACACUUCAACUCGCAUAAACCACCUCGUUCCCAGUCGAGCACGACAACAAAUGAGCCGCUGAGAUCGUCCAUGUACUUUCGCCGCCUCCCCGUCGCUGUGGUCUCGAGCCUGGUGGUAGGUUAUGGUGCCUGGUACUCGUACAACGGAACGAGUCCUGCCAGCCCUGCUGCGAGCGUGACCGCGAGAGGGUAUGCGACCACACCCGACUCUGGUGUCGAGCCGACAAGGACUGUAUUGGUUGUCGGAGCCGACGAGCUGAGGCAGGGGACCAUUGUGGGUGAAGGACCGAUAUCGAAGGAGACGAGCAGCGACGGCAGGAAGAUUGUCGAGAUGCUCACUCCGGAGCAGGCCACGCAGAAGCUGAGGAAGAUGGAGCAGUCCUAUUCUGUUGGACGUGGCCAGGGCGUCACGCGAUACGACUUGGUGCAGCUGCCCAGCAACGAUCCAAUUGAGGAUGACCACGCGGAGAAGAUUGUACAGGUGCCCAGUCGGUCAAAGGAUGCCGUUGGCGACAAUAGCGACUGGAUGUUUUGGGGUGUCUUUGACGGCCACUCAGGCUGGACCACAUCAGCUACUCUCCGUGAGAGCCUGAUUAACUCUGUGGCCACGGAGCUCAACGAGACGUACAAGGCCGCUGCUGCGACUUUGCCGAGCGAGGACGCCAUCGACCUCGCCAUCAAGACCGGUUUCACUCGCUUGGACGACGAAAUUGUUCACAAGAGCGUUGAGAAGGUCUUCAAAUCAAGCAAUAAGAACGUUGCGGCUGAGCUUCUCCAGCCGGCUCUUUCCGGCUCCUGCGCCCUUCUCUCCUUCUACGACAGCAAGACCAACAUGCUUCGAGUUGCGUGCACGGGCGACUCGCGUGCCGUGCUCGGACGGCUCUCGGACACGGGCAAGUGGACAGCCACUGCACUCUCUGAGGACCAGACGGGCAGCAACCCCAACGAAGCUGCACGCAUGCGCAAGGAGCAUCCUGGCGAGGACCGAGUCGUGCAUAAUGGCCGCGUGCUCGGCGGGCUUGAGCCCACGCGUGCUUUCGGAGAUGCUGUGUAUAAAUGGAGCCGCGACACCGCCAUGAAUCUGCGCUCCAAGUUCUUUGGACGCACCCCGUCGCCGCUGCUCAAGACCCCGCCGUACGUCACGGCCGAGCCCGUGAUCACCAAGACCAAGGUAAGCCCGGAGAAGGGUGACUUUUUGGUUCUCGCGACAGACGGGUUGUGGGAGAUGCUCACCAACGAAGAAGUCGUCGGGCUUGUGGGCCAAUGGAUCCAGAAUCAGGCAGCUGGCCAGGACUCUCACUUUGAAGCGACAUGGUCCAAGAUCUUUGGGUCGUCCAAGCACCCCCUGCCAGUGGAGAAGGGCAAGGCGGAUGGGCCUGACGGGCAGAAGACCCCGAUCCGCGUUCAGCAAUGGGGCAUAGAUCCCCAAGCCAAGGACCGGUUCUCGGUGAAGGAUAAGAAUGUCGCCACCCACCUGGUCCGCAAUGCUCUCGGGGGAUCCAACGACGAGCAAGUAUGCGCCUUGCUCACCUUACCUGCCCCCUUCUCCAGGCGUUAUCGGGACGACUUGACUGUUCAGGUCAUCUUUUUUGGCAACGCCGAGAAGACAGGCGAGGUCGUGGUCAACACCGAGGCAACUGCGCCUGAUGCGACCCUCAAGGCCAAAUUAUAG